AUGGAUGGAGACAACCAGACUGGGACCUCUGAGUUCCUGCUCGUUGGACUCUCGGAGAAUCCUGAGCAGCAGAGAAUCCUGUUUUGGAUGUUCCUGCCCAUGUACCUGGUCACGGUGGUGGGAAAUGUGCUCAUCAUCCUGGCCAUUGGCUCUGACUCCCGCCUGCACACUCCCAUGUACUUUUUCCUGGCCAAUCUGUCCUUCACCGACCUCUUCUUUGUCACCAACACAAUCCCCAAGAUGCUGGUGAACCUUCAGUCCCAGAGCAAAGCCAUCUCCUACGAAGGGUGCCUGACACAGCUCUACUUCCUGGUCUCCUUGGUGGCCCUGGACAACCUCAUCUUGGCUGUGAUGGCCUAUGAUCGCUAUGUGGCCAUCUGCCGCCCCCUCCACUACACUACAGCCAUGAGCCCUGGCCUCUGUAUCUUACUCUUGGCCUUGUGUUGGGUCUUCUCUGUCCUCUAUGGCCUCAUCCACACCCUACUCAUGACCAGGGUGACUUUCUGCGGCUCCCGAAAGAUCUACUACAUCUUCUGUGAGAUGUAUGUCCUGCUGAGGCUUGCAUGUUCCAACACCCAGGUAAAUCACACAGUGCUGAUUGUCACUGGCUGCUUCAUCUUCCUCACCCCAUUUGGAUUCAUGAUCAUGUCCUAUGUCAGGAUUGUCAGAGCCAUCUUACGAAUACCCUCAGUGACUGGGAAGUACAAAACCUUCUCUACCUGUGCUUCCCAUCUGGCUGUGGUCACCCUCUUCUAUGGGACGCUUGGUAUGGUAUACCUGCAGCCCCUCCACACGUAUUCCAUGAAGGACUCAGUGGCCACAGUGAUGUAUGCUGUGGUGACACCCAUGAUGAACCCUUUCAUCUACAGCCUGAGGAACAAAGACAUGCAUGGGGCUCUGGGAAAACUCUUCCUUGGGAAAGCCUUUCAGAGAUUGACAUAA